AGGCCGUUUGUUUGCGUAGGCGGGCCAUUUGUAGCACCUGUGCGAAUAAUAAAUAAGUAAAACACUGGGAAACAUGUUUGGUAAAGCGCAGUCAGAGUCAGCCAGGGCCGAGCGCCAUGUCAGAGCGUCGUGGGGUGCAGGAAAUACCCGUGGAUUACACGCCAGUGGCCACUCAAGCAGAUCACAUUGCAACCACCUCCUGCUGCAGGCGACCCAACUGCAACAUUGCGGCGAGAGAUGAGCGAAAAUUGUGCUGCUGUGGCCAUGGGUACAUCAUACCCGUUAUACUGUUCGUGCUUGUGCUGAUAGUGCUGCUGUUGCCUUGGGAGACGUUCCACCGCAACGAGGGGGCAAACGCAAACACCCCUGUCCCCGUUGAGGCCGCGUUUCCAUGCCAACUCCAGCUGGUGGAGACCCUGCCUAUAGGCUUUAACUACAGCAGCGGUAACCACCCCCGGUGGAUGAGCACGUUUGAGGGCUGGCAGCAGCUACUAGACAGCGCCAAGGAGUCUCUGGACAUUGCCGCACCCUACUGGACACUGCGCGGCGUCGGUGUCAAUGACAGCAGCAGCACGCAGCAUGGGGAUCGGCUCUUUCAUCGUCUACUCGCCAACGGUGACGCGGGCAGGCCAAAGCUACGCAUACGAAUCGCCCUGAACCGUAGCCAGGAGAGCGUUUGGCAUGCGGACGCUAGGAUCUUAUCCAACUACGGUGCUGCCGAAGUGGUUGCAGUUGAGCGGCUGCGCGCGAAUCUCUGGAUUGUGGAUGGACAGCACUUCUACCUGGGCAGCGCCAACAUGGACUGGCGUUCGCUGAGCCAGCGCAAGGAAAUGGGUGUCCUGGGCCAAAACUGUCCCCAUCUAACGCGUGAUCUGGCCAAGAUAUUCAAGGCAUAUUGGUACUUGGGCGGCAACGAUGUCCCCAACUACUGGCCCUGGCUCUAUCACACGCACAUCAAUCAGCGACGACCACUGCUGCUAAAUGUAAACAUGAAUUACACCAUCCACGCCUACGUCUCCACCUCACCGCCUUCGCUGGCGGCCACAGGGCGUGCCAAUGAACUAGAUGUCAUCCUGGAUGCCAUCGAAAAGGCCACCGAGCUCGUGUGCAUUGCUUUGGUGGAUUAUUUUCCGCUAUUGAGGCACCAAGGAAAGCUGGAAUAUUGGCCGCAUAUAGAUAACGCUUUGCGAAAGGCAGCCGUGGAGAGGGGAGUGGCCAUCAAACUACUCAUAUCCUGGUGGAAGUAUUCCGAUCCCAGCGAAGAUCACUUUCUGCGGUCGCUGCAAGCCCUUUCCCAGCUGAGAGAAGAAGUCGACAUAGAAGUUCGCCGCUUUGUGGUGCCUACCACAGAAGAACACGAGAAGAUCUCCCACGGGCGUGUCAAUCAUAAUUCUUACAUGGUCACAGAGGAUGUCGCUUAUAUUGGCAGCUCCAGCUGGUCGGGAGAGCAUUUCAUUUACUCGGCUGGCGUUGGACUAAUCCUGCAUGACAUGGACUACAAUAACAACAGUAUUCGGAAAGAUUUGCUAGCUGUUUUCCAUCGCGAUUGGUUUAGUCCGUUUUCGCUGCCACUGAAGCACAAUUUUCGAAUUUAAAUACGCCUAGCCCUCGCUUAACCCUGAAGCAACGUUCCUAGAAAACCUCGUGUUCAGUCGCAGAAUUAUGCAUAAGUUAGAUUACGAAGUACACACGUAUCGAAUAAAUAAAGUUGACCCACUUAACGGAAAACCUCAUAACACACGACACUGCACUAUAGCUGAGACAACAAUAACCCCUUCUGCAGCGAUUUCUUUUAAGGAUGCGUUCGCUCCUCAGCCCAACUGCACAAUAAUAUAUUAAUUCCACAUUAAUUGAAUUCCCAUUCCAUUUUACCCUAUUCUUAUAGACUCGGCACUUUCUGUAC